GGGUGGGGGUGGAGGGGGCCUCCGGUUUCUUACUUUUGGGGGAGAAGCAACGGAGUAAUUCUCCCGAGCGCAGGUAGAAGAUUAAAAACGCGCCUCACCUAGAGCGUAAGCAAGGUGAGGUCUUAGUGCUCACCAUGCCCCGCGUUUUCCUUGUGAAGAGAAGAAUCCCGCUGCCUGCCAGUCGCAGCUGGGACGAGCUGCCAGACGAAGAGCGAGCGGACACCUACGUCCCAGGAGAGAUAAAAUGUGUACUCCUGAACUAUCGUAGUGAAGACAGCUGUAGCGUGGAGAGCUGUAGCAGCAGGGAUGCAGAGACUGCCAAUAACUCAGCCCCUGAGUCCAUAGCAGAAGAAAAACUUCUGGACUUGACAUUGACUCAUCGUACAGUCAGAUCGAAAAUCAAGUUCACCACUGGCACCUGUGAUGAUCCCUUAAUGCACAAUUGUGGAUUGUGCGGCAAAGGAUUUCGCUUGCAACGUAUGCUCAACCGUCAUAUAAAGUGUCAUAGUGAAGUGAAGAGACAUUUGUGCACUUUCUGUGGGAAAGGCUUCAAUGACACCUUUGAUCUGAAAAGACAUGUAAGGACACAUACAGGAAUUCGCCCAUACAAAUGCGAGAUCUGCAACAAAGCCUUUACUCAACGCUGUUCUCUGGAAUCACACCUUAAAAAAAUCCAUGGGGUACAGCAACAAUAUGCUUACAAGCAACGGAGAGAUAAACUGUAUGUUUGUGAAGAUUGUGGUUACACAGGCCCAACCCAAGAGGACUUGUAUGUGCAUAUCAGUAAUGUUCAUCCUGGAAGUGCUUUUCUGCAGAAAACUUCAAAAAAGCUGAUAGCUGUUUUACAAAACAAAGUGACAUCUCCAAUAGAUAUAACCCCUAGAAAAAAUGAGGAUCUGUAA